CUAUAUACAGAAUACGGACUUGCUAUGUGUUAAUUAGAAUUUCUUAGUAUUGAAGGAAUACGCAACUGAAACUUAAUGAAUUAGAUCACUCGCGAAUAAAACGAUAGAAUACGACUGUAGGACCCUCGCCCGAGGUCCGCACCUCCUUCUUACACGCUUCCUUCUUCAUCCCUCCCACCACAGAACGCUCACGCUAACAGGACUGGUCGAGUGAGACAAGAGGGGGCUACGUAUGUACUGAACGAGAACUAUAGCAAGCAACGAAGCAUCUUUCGAAUAAAGCAAUCGUCGAAAACUAUUUGUGGUGCCGGUUCUUGUCAAUCAACAAACAGGUGCUUUUCGUCUUCGAAAUUUCUCUCCCUGGCUACGCUGUCCCAUCCCUGGAAACUGCGGAACAAACAGUUCAUGCUCACCUUUCCCGCAGAAUGAUGCCACGCUCGCUCACAGUUCUUCAGCAGCUCCUCCUGGUCAUCCUCCUGCAUCCAGCGGUCCUACCCGAAGCUCAUCGGGUCCGAAAGCGUCAGACGCCCUGUCCACAAAUUUGUGACACGGCACGCUGUCCUCCACUUCCCGAGCACUGCUACUACGGGGAGGUGAAGGACGACUGCGGCUGUUGUGACAUCUGCGGCGCGGGAGAGGGAGACCUGUGCGGCGGGCGCGGCGCCGGAGUAUGCGGUGACGGUCUGCGCUGCGUUUACCCGCCUGGCAAGCGCCGACAUCGGGGCACGUGCGUGUGCCACUCCAACGAGCCGGUGUGCGGCAGCGACGGGCGGACAUACCCGAACUUAUGCCGCUUGAGGGCGGAGAACAAGAGGGCACAGCUGAACAACACACCGCCCGUUCUCCUCAUCCAGAAGAGCCGGUGCGAUUCGGGACCUCAGAAUCCAGACAGCCUACGAAACAGGUUCAACUUUAUUGCAGAUGUAGUGGACAAGAUAGCCCUGGCUGUGGUGCACCUGGAGCUAUUUCGCAGAUUGCCAUUCAGCAACCGUGAAGUGCCAGUGUCAAGCGGUUCUGGAUUUAUUGUGUCUGAGGAGGGCUGGAUUGUAACAAACGCUCAUGUGCUCUCAAACAAGCAGAGAAUUAAAGUGGAGUUGAAGAAUGGAGCCCAGUAUAAUGCCAAAGUCAAAGAUGUGGACCAGAAAUUGGAUAUAGCUCUGAUAAAAAUUGAGACAGAUAGUCCCCUGCCUGUUCUACUUCUAGGCCGUUCAGCUGACCUGCGCCCUGGAGAAUUUGUCGUAGCCGUUGGCAGCCCCUUCUCACUGCAGAAUACAGUUACAACAGGCAUUGUUAGCACAACUCAGCGGGGCGGCAAAGAGUUGGGGCUGAAGGACUCGGACAUGGAGUACAUCCAGACGGAUGCCAUCAUUAAUUACGGAAAUUCUGGAGGGCCCCUCGUAAACCUGGAUGGUGAAGUCAUUGGUAUCAAUACCUUGAAAGUAACAGCUGGUAUAUCAUUUGCAAUCCCAGCGGAUAAGAUCCGACAGUUCCUGGCUGAAUCUUAUGACAGGCAAAUCAAAGGAAAGACUCUUUCAAAAAAGAGAUACAUGGGUGUGAGGAUGCUUCAGCUUUCUCCAAACUUAAUCAGAGAACUAAAGGAUCGUGAUAAGGAUUUUCCAGAUGUGACCUCUGGCAUUUAUGUAUUUGAAGUAAUUCCAGGGACUGCUGCUGCAAGUGCUGGCAUGAAGGACCAUGAUGUCAUUAUCAGCAUCAACAGCCAGCCUGUUACCACUACAGAAGAUGUCAGUGAAGCAGUGCAGUCAGACAGCACUCUAGCUGUGGUGGUGCGACGUGGGAAUGAGGACGUUAUACUCACAGUUGUCCCAGACGAGAUAGAUUAAAAGCAAUUCUUUUGCCUUGUUAAUCAUGCUAGUGCCUCAAAUAUUUGUCACACACAAUAUAGUAACAGAUAUGGUGACCAAAUGGAGUUGGUAGUGAAAGAAACAUUGUGCAUCAGAAGGAAGCAAAGAACUUCAAAAGAAAAGCACAUGUAUUCUACUUGUAAACAUCUAGUAUUACAUGAAAAAUAAAGUUUAUAAUUGACAUUUUUCUACCAAACUCCUUACGUGGAUUAAUCAUUAAAACACUGACAGCCCAGCAGUUAUGGCCCAGGAGGAGCUUUGAGGAGCCGACUGCUUUCAAUAUAAAUGAAUAAAGGAAGGCAAGGACUUGAAAACAUUGAUUUUUUUGUAUAUGGGUGCCUGAUUGAGUGAUGAAGGCAUACCUGCUCAUAAAACUAGCAUUUUGUAUGCAACUCUGUCCAAAAAAUCUGCAAACUAAAUGUGGACUUUAAUACAGUUUUUUGAAAUGUUACCAUAGAAAGAAAUGCAUCCUUUAAAGUUGCUUAUUUUCUGCAGUACAUUAGAGGUUAAGAUGAAUGUAAUAAAACAGAAGAUAUUUUUGUUCUUCCCAUUCCCUCUGGCUGUAAAAUGAUGAGAUUUUUAAGUAAAUUUCUUAAAAUGGAAAUUCACAAAAACAAAAUUCUCUAAAAUUCAAGCCUGAGUGUUUUCAGAGCACACGAUUCAGUGCAUUUGGAAGAGACUCUGAAGUUUAAAAAGGUGUUAAACACAGACCUGAACAUUUAGUCCAAGACGGAAAAAAUAAAAACAAA